GCAGUUAUGCCACUCACACUUGGGGAAGAGUUAACGGGACAGCGGUGCAAGCCAAUCGCAACCAGUUCUCUGGCGGCAGGGAGACUGGGUGGAGACUGCGGAGACUGCAGUUGCAGUUCAAGGACACGGAAUUGGCUAUGGAUAAUUCAUAUGAUUUCCAUCAGCGAAACUCAUGUAAUGGAAUUUCGUCUGAGAAGAAAAACAACUUCCUUGUAUCAGAAGAUCAUGGACAGAAAAUCUUAAGUAUACUACAGAAUUUUAGAGAACAGAAUGUCUUUUAUGAUUUCAAAAUAAUCAUGAGUGAUGAGAUAAUCCCGUGUCACCGCUGUGUGCUGGCAGCCUGCAGUGACUUCUUCAGGGCUAUGUUUGAAGUAAACAUGAAAGAAAGAGAUGAUGGAAGUGUAACUAUUACAAAUUUAUCCUCCAAAGCAGUAAAAGCGUUUCUUGAUUAUGCCUAUACUGGAAAAACAAAAAUAACAGAUGAUAAUGUGGAAAUGUUCUUCCAGUUGUCAUCAUUUCUUCAAGUCUCCUUCCUAUCCAAAGCUUGCAGUGACUUUUUAAUAAAAAGUCUUAAUCUUGUCAAUUGUCUACAGUUAUUAUCUCUCUCAGACAGCUACGGCUCUGCCAGUCUGUUUGAGCACGCAUUAUACUUUGUACAGCACCACUUUUCUCUAUUAUUUAAAUCGAGUGAUUUCUUAGAGGUGAAUUUUGGAGUUCUACAAAAAUGUCUAGAAUCAGAUGAGUUAAAUGUUCCCGAAGAAGAAACAGUACUGAAAGUUGUCCUUAGUUGGACUAAACAUAAUGUAGAAUCAAGGCAAAAAUACCUGCCUCACUUGAUUAAAAAGGUCCGAUUGCAUCAGUUAUCUGAGGAGACGCUCCAGGACUGUCUGUUCAAUGAAGAAUGUUUGCUGAAGAGCACAGACUGCUUCGAUCUGAUCAUGGAGGCACUUACGUGUGUACAAGGCUCUGGUGGACUCUUCCCUGACGCUCGACCUUCCACAACUGAAAAAUACAUAUUCAUUCACAAAACCGAGGAAAGCGGAGAAAAUCAAUACACAUUUUGCUAUAAUAUUAAAACUGACUCGUGGAAAAUACUGCCGCAGUCACACCUCGUUGAUCUGCCGGGAUCUAGUCUUUCUAGUUACGGAGAGAAAAUAUUCCUGACAGGCGGCUGCAAAGGGAAGUGCUGUAGAACAGUCCGGCUCCACAUUGCUGAGUCUUACCAUGACGCCACCGAUCAGACCUGGUGCUACUGUCCCGUCAAAAAUGAUUUUUUCUUGGUAUCAACUAUGAAAACACCAAGAACCAUGCAUACGUCCGUGAUGGCUCUCAACAAAUUAUUUGUCAUAGGUGGGAAGACCAAAGGAUCUCGGGACAUUAAAAGUCUCUUAGACGUUGAAUCUUAUGACCCUCUUUCCAAAGAAUGGGCGUCCGUUAGCCCGUUGCCCAGAGGCAUAUACUAUCCAGAAGCGAGUGCAUGCCAAAAUGUAAUCUAUGUCCUUGGGUCAGAGGUGGAGAUUACAGAUGCCUUUAACCCAUCGCUUGAUUGCUUUUUUAAGUAUAACGCUACUACUGAUCAGUGGUCUGAACUAGUAGCAGAGUUCGGGCAGUUUUUUCAUGCAACGCUAAUUAAAGCUGUCCCGGUAAACUGCACACUCUAUAUAUGUGACCUUUCUACCUAUAAGGUUUAUAGUUUUUGUCCAGAUACUUGCGUUUGGAAAGGUGAAGGAUCUUUUGAAUGUGCAGGCUUCAAUGCAGGUGCAGUUGGGAUUGAAGAUAAAAUUUAUAUAUUAGGUGGUGAUUAUGCACCAGAUGAAAUCACAGAUGAAGUCCAGGUCUACCACAGCAGUAGGUCUGAAUGGGAAGAAGUGUCGCCGAUGCCCAGAGCCUUAACUGAAUUUUACUGCCAGGUGAUUCAGUUUAAUAAAUACAGAGACCCAUGGUUUUCUAAUCAUUUGUAAAAGUAACGUGUACUUGGACAUUCUAAAACCAUCUCAGUUAUAGUAACCUACAGUAAAUUUGUUAACCGUGAUGAUGAGUAAAAAGAUAUUCACAUCUUAAUGAAAUGACAUGUUAUUGCCAUCAGACCACUAAUAUGUAUGUACAUAUAUGAAUAAACAUUUCCCUGAAACUUAAAGUACAAAAUACAUUUUACCAAAAAUCGUACUGAAUGUAAUCUGAUCUUGGAGAAUCCAGAAUACUUGGUAUUUUCAUAUGUAAAUAAGUCAUAGAUUCUGACACUUUGAUUUUUAAAGUACUUUAUCCAUGAAAGACUAGCAAAAAUAAAUUAAAGUUCACAGAUUUGUACUAUUUGGACAUGAGAAAUCUCUUGAGGGAGCAAAAUGAAUUACUGACACAGUCUAUGAAGUAAAAGAUAAACUAGAAAGAGGUGAGAAUCUUCUUACCGUAGGAGGAAGAGUGGUUGAAUUUCUGUCAUUCCUGAUUAGCGGUUACCUUCUUGUACCCUAAAGGGGUCAGACAUUUUUCUAUGCAGUCUAUUUCCUCAGCCUUCUAAACAGUGCACUAAACGUAGUUUAACUUUUUUUAUAAUUCAUCUCUUCAUUGCAAGUACAGUGUACCAUGUUAU